AUGGAUCUCCAAUCCUUGUCUAAUCUGUUCGCAACGACCUACAAUCCUGAUCCCAACGUUCAGAAGGCUGGUGAGCUCCAAAUCCGCAAGAUCAGUGGCCAAGAAGGCGUGGUCACUGCACUCCUCCAAAUUAUAGCCAGUGAUAGCGUAGAUCUCGCCAUCCGCCAAGCUUGCUCUGUCUUUAUUAAAAAUCGCGUUCAAACUUCAUACAUUAUCGAUCCAUCCAGGCCUCGACCUGACCAACUCCCCAUUGCUCCAUCUGAUCGUGAUGCAUUAAAAUCAUCGAUCUUGCGCUUGCUUGCGGCAUCUCCUUCCAGGAGCAUUACCGUCCAGUUGGCCAGCACUCUGAAGAAUCUCGUUGCUCAUGAUGUCCCCGACAGGUGGCCUGGGCUUUUAGACGAAGUAAAGGGGCUGUUACUCAGUGGAGACAUUCGUGAGGUCGGCGCAGGAUGCGUUGCUGCAUUAGAGAUCGUUCGAGCAUUCAGAUUCCGUCAAAAGCAGGAUAUCUUACCAUCAAUAGUAGAGCAGUUGAUGCCUACCUUGGUUCACAUCGCCUCGGGAAUGAUGAACACACCUCCCUCUACAUCACAAGAGAUCCCAACUAUGCUCCAUCUUAUCCUAAAAACUUAUAAGAGUAGUAUCAUCGUUAACUUGAGCACUCACCAGCAGAGUGGUGAAAGUCUUGUGCCCUGGGGAAGAUUGCUCUUCCAAGUCGUUAACCUUCAAAUUCCAAAAGAGGUUGUACCUGGGGAUGAAGAAGAUCGCGAACGUAGUGAAUGGUGGAAGGCGAAGAAGUGGGCAUACGGUAUUCUUGGUCGUCUGUUUCACAGAUUUGGAAAUCCUUCUCAGUUGCCUACUCCUAUGCAGGAAGAGUAUGGCCCUUUCGCCACACACUUUGUCACUACUUUUGCUCCCGAAAUUUUCAAAGUUUACCUUCAGCAAGUGGAGCUCUACGUUUCUGGGCAAGCAUGGCUAUCCAAGAAAUGUCAAUACCAGAUCUUCCAGUUCUUUACUGAAUGUGUAAAGCCCAAGACAACUUGGACUCUUUUGAAGCCUCAUUUCGAGACGCUUGUAUCGAGCUUUGUAUUCCCUCAACUCUCUUUCAAUUCUUCAAAGCAACAGCUUUGGGAGAACGAUCCUGUCGAAUACAUUCGCACAUCAGUCGACGAAUACGAAAACUUCUCCUCGCCGGUUUCUGCUGCGACUUCAUUCUUGUUCUCGCUUUCUAGCAACAGAACCAAAACAACAUUUAUGCCCAUCCUCGGUUUUGUCAACACAGUGCUACGCUCGGGUGCGGCACCGGCUCAGAGAUUUGGUGCUCUGAACAUGACUGCUGCACUUGGUCCGUUCAUCAUGCGUCACCCGGAAGUCAAGGACAAUAUGGAACAAUUCAUGUUACAACACGUUUUGCCUGAAUUCUCUGCCCCUGAACCUUACCUCAGGGCUAUCGCGUGCGAAGUGUUAGGCACUGUAGUCAAAGCUGGUCUUCUCUGGUCAAAUGAGGAGAAUCUGAACAACCACUCGAGAGCCGUGGCAAUGGCUCUGGAUGAUCCAGAGUUACCUGUUAGAGUCCAGGCUGCUCUUGCUCUGACUGAGAUGAUUGUAAUUCACGAAUCUGUUAAAGAAGCAGUUGCGCCACAGGUUGGCAAGGUUAUACAAGAUUUGCUUAAGCUGUCCGAUGAGACGGAUCUCGACAUUCUUAACAAUUGCAUGGAGACCAUGGUCGAGCGUUUCCAGUCCGAGUUACUCCCUGUGGCAGCUCAAUUAACUGCCCGAUUGUGUGACUCCUACUUGCGCCUUGCUAGAGAAAGUAUUUCGCAAGAAGAAAUUGACCCACAAACUCUUGAUUCAGAUUCUCUCUUGUCUGAUGCCGAUGAUGGGAAGAUCUAUGGAGCUAUGGGAGUCGCUAAGACCAUCGGAACGAUUGUUGCCUCUGUCGAGUCUUCCUCAGAAAUCUUAUCUCAGAUUCAGGAGAUCAUUAUCCCCAUCAUCAGAUUUACACUGGAGCACAAAAUUCUGGACCUGUUCGACAACAUGUAUGACUUGGUGGAUAGUCUCACAUUCAAACUUCACAGCAUCUCACCAAAUAUGUGGCCCGUGUUUGAACUCACGUACGACCUAUUCAAAUCCGAUGCCGUUGAUUUUCUGGAUGAAAUGCUUCCUACUUUGGACAACUUCGUUUCUUACGGAACUGAUGUCUUUAAGUCCCGUGCGGACUACAGGCAGAAGGCCAUUGAUAUUUAUCGCACAUCCAUAGUCAGCACGCAGUUGGGCGAGAAUGACAGAGUUAACGGCUGUAAGCUCGCCGAGUCCAUCCUUUUGAACCUUCGAGGCCAAGUGGAUGAGCACUUGCAAGAAUUCAUUACGAUUGCAUUAGGUUGCUUGGAUCAGGGAGAGACGGCAUCUUUCAGACUCGCUAAUCUCGAAGUGCUCGUCAACGCUGUCCUCUACAAUGCUUCCGCGGCGCUGCACUUGAUGGAAACUAGCAAACCUGGAACGUCUCGCAUAUUCUUCGAUAAUUGGUUUGUGGCUAUCAACAGCGACAGCCGCCUGCCUCGUGUCCACGAUAAGAAGCUUAGCAUCUUAGCGCUUUGCGCUUUGAUGGAACUCGACUCGUCCAGGAUACCUGAAGUCCUAAGAGAUGGCUGGCCUGGUAUUGUCGGUGGAGCAUUGAAAAUAUUCAAAGAUCUUCCUCAGGCUAUAGAAAAACGCAAGGCGCUGGAGGAUUCCUUCCAAGAAGAAUCUGACGAUGAUGACGAGGAAGAUGCUAAGUUCCUCAAUCUCGAGGGAGAAGAUGAGGACGUGUGGGAUGAAGAUUCAGCAUACCUCGAAAUGCUUGCGAAAGAGGGUGCACGUCUCAGGGCCAAGUCGGAUAGACUUGCUGACGGAGAUGAUCUCUCAGUAUCGUCUGAGGAAUCUGAAAUUGAUGAGGAGCUUGGCUACUUUAGUCCCCUUGAUGUUGUGAACCCCUACGUCUCUUUCAAGCAAGCCCUAACUACAUUCCAAAUGCAAAACGGUCCAAUAUAUCAGGCCGCUACCACAGGUCUUAAUGUUGAACAGCAAACAUUGCUCAUGGAGGUCAUGCGGAUAGCAGAGAGUCAGUCAGCAGCAGACGAGGCCCAAAUCUAACGUUCCGGUUACGGUUCAUUCACGCCUUUGUUUUUUUAUUCCUUUAUCCCCGUGAUUCUCGUAUUCGAGUUUGAAUGAGAGUUACCGGAUGUCUCAAAAGUUGUCUGUCCAGCUACUAUAGGAGGAGCUCUGAAACACGAUAUCAAUGAUGGGUUAGGUUGAUACUUAUCUUUUGUGUUAUCAAUAGUAAAAUAGAACGAAAGACCGUAGCCCCGAA